AUGAGUUGUCUAUUGCUAGGAGGAAUCAGCUUUUCGCCAGUCCUCAUAGUGCCUUUUUGGAUGAAUGGCUUGACACAGCGUUUAUAUGCUUAUUUUCUUAUAAAGGGAAAGUGUGACCUAGAUAUCUGGGAAAAUCGAAUG